GUUUGUUGUUCCCUGCCCGUCCCCGCUGUCCAAGCGACGUCAUCUGAGCGAGCUCAAUGCUUGUUUUCUUGGUUUGAAACUUCGCAUCCCCAAGCACGAGUCCAAGCUCCGCCCGCAUAAACCUCGCACGCUUCCUCUUGCAACCUGAACAGAGACACUGUCGUGAACCUCGCCCGCCGCCGAGCGAGCCUGGCGCAUUCUCAUAACCCGACAGGCACACGAAAACCAAGCGUGAUAAUUGGCGGCAUAAAUCUACAGAGUAGAAUCGCUCGCCAAGAUGCCCGCACGCUCCAGGACCUGGCGGCAGUUUAUGGGAUGGGAUCACCAUCCGCGACGCGACCACCACGACUGGUGGCACGAACGUCGGCGGCUCUUGCCUCGCUACCAUGAGGCGGAAGUGCAGGUCACCAUCGCCCCGAAAGAGGUGACCAAGAUAGCUCUCCGCCUCCACCACCUGGUCAAGGAGUGCGUCCCUUGCGAGCUCGAGGAAAGCCAGAUCACCAAGCCCCAUAGCUCCGUCAUCACGAGAAAGGUCAUCAAGGCCGCCAAGGAGUCGGGCGGCCGCGAGAAUCGGGCGUGCGUCGUCUUCUGCCUGCUGGUGUGCAAGCGGUGGUUCAAGCACCAGUCUAUAGUCGAGCUCUGGGAUGCCAGUCUCCACGGCAUCCGCUCUAUCGCUUGCGAAGUCAUUGCCAAGCAAAUCAUCGAGGAGGAGGAUGACACCAACUACCUGUUGCACCAUGUGCUUUUGAGGCGGUACUCAAUCGUAAUCGACGGGGAGGAGAUGCCCCCCACCAACGUGAUCGAGAGAGCGGUCGACCUGCACGCCUUGCGCGUCAUUGGCUCCUCAGGCUACCAGAAAUGCAUCAGCUACCUCUGGAGGGGGUGGCUGAUCCAGGACGAGAACGAUCCUUCCAACUUUGUCGACUACGGCGACAAGGACAACAUCGACUUUCUCGUCCACCUGGAUCCAGACAGAAUGCGCACGCCGAAAUACCAGAAUGCCUUCCAGCUCAUCAUAUCCCUCGUCUACCUUGGCCUGUACACGGGGGCCAUAAACACCAUCAACCGGGACGGCGACCUGGACAUCGUGGAGGGCCUGCUCUACACGUUCACGCUUGGCUUCAUCUUCGACGAGCUGACAAAGUUCUGGAAGGCCGGCUACCACAUCCUUGGCUUCUGGAACGCCCUCAACGGCACCUUAUACUCCCUCCUCAUCGUCAGCCUGGCCUUGCGCUUCAUUGCCUUCAGUAAGCCGCAGGCCCCGGACGGCAGCUGGGACGACCGCCAAAGGUUCAACGAAAUGAGCUACAACUUCUUGGCUUGCAGCGCGCCCUUCUUCUGGAUCCGUCUGCUGCUCUACCUCGAUACCUUUCGAUUUUUUGGCGCCAUGCUUGUUGUGCUCAAGGUCAUGAUGAAGGAGUCCAUCAUCUUCUUCGCCCUGCUGAUAAUCAUCAUUAUCGGCUUUCUUCAAGCCUUUAUCGGGCUGGACUAUGCUGAAGACUACGUUCUCGGCGACAUCAAGUUCAUCUGCCAGGCCAUGCUCAACUCGGUCAUGCAAAGCCCGGACUUUACCGGAUUCGAAAAGUUUGGACAUCCAUUCGGCAUCAUCCUUUACUACUUCUUCACCUUUAUAGUCAUGGUCAUCCUGCUCAAUGUUCUCAUUGCGCUCUACAACUCGGCGUACGAGGACAUCUACGACAACGCCGACGACGAGUUCCUGGCCCUCUUCUCGCAAAAGACGAUGCAGUUCGUGCGGGCGCCCGACGAGAACGUCUACAUCGCGCCCUUCAACCUGAUCGAGAUCUUCGUCGUCGCGCUGCCGUUCGAGUGGUGGAUGGAGAAGAGGAGGUACGAGCGGCUCAACGACAUCGUCAUGGGCAUUAUCUACUCGCCCCUGCUCCUGAUCGCGGCCGUGUCGGAGACGCGGACGGCGCGCGAGAUCCGCGCCAACCGGCUGCGCGGCGAGGAGGACGACGACGUGGUCGAGGAGUGGGAGCAGAUGGCGGCCGAGCUCGACUUUGAGGGCGACGGCUGGAACAAGACGGUCGAGGCCGUCAAGGCCAACGUCGAGGAGGAACCGGCCGUGCUCGAGGCCCGGAAGCUGCGGGCCGAGGUCGACGAGCUGAAGCGGAUGCUGCUCGACCUGGGCAAGGCCCUCGGCACUUCCAAGGGAGACAAUGACGGGCACGCGAAAAGGGGUGACGGGGUGCAAGAGGGCGAAGGGUGGGAGUCAGGUGCUGUGACGCAGGCCCCUGAAUGAUUAUGGGACGGCCAGAGUGUCAGCGAGAAUUCGAUAGGCUGGGAGAAGGUAGGUUGGGUGCAAUGAAUGGCGGUUCACGGGAAAUGUCACUCAGCUUUUUGGGGCGUUCAUGGGCGAGCUAUGGCAGCUGAAAUGUAAACUCAAGUAGUACACGGUGACUAAAACAUCACAAGA